CCGAGUGAUUUCAAUCAAGGCUCCUACAACUUCGGGAAAGAGAAUAGAGAUAAAUUAGAUCCAGACAUGCCUAACUCGUCGGUGACUAGUCAUCAGCUUGGGCUGGAGGAUGUUUUGAAAAACUACUCUUGCUUGAUUUGUAGGCAGCGGAAGGUCAAAUGCGACCGGCGCGCCCCUUGUUCCAACUGCGUCAAGGCAGAGAAGCAAUGUAGCUUCAUCCCCCCCGUGCGCGGGAAACGUAAACGAACAAAACCUCGCAAGGAAGGCAUCCAUGCCAAACUGAAGCGAUAUGAAGAGUUGUUGAAGUCGUACGGCGCUAACAUUGAGCCGUCCGAAGAGUUUGACGAUUCCGACACGGACACGGCGUCUCAGCCCGACCUCGAAACGGACAAGGGCGCCGAAAUCCGAAGCAAACCCCGGAACGAUCCGUUCGGGCUCGAAGAGACCAAACCGCGACUCAUCACGAAAGAGGGGAUGUCGAGCUACUUUGAAAGCGCCCCUUGGUCUAAUCUCGGCGACGAAUCCCACCACCCUGAAGUUGGAGAGGUCGGCGGUGCAGGCGAGCCUACGGACGAGUUAACCGCCAACGAAAGCGGGAUGUUUCUCGAUCCCGAAUUCGGCAACAAGUUCGCGAAUCUGGCGGAGCUCCACCCUUCUCCUCCGAUAUUGUUAAAAUUGAAGGAGAUUUACCUUGACCGAACUGACCCAUUGAUAAAGAUCUUGCAUCUUCCUACGUUCUGGUCCGCGUUGACAAACGGCCUGCGAAGUCCUCGAGACAUGUCUAAAAGCUUAGAAGCGUUGGUGUUUGCCUUUUACUUCGCAACCGUAAAUGCCCUCAAGGGAGACGAGUGCGAGUCCUUAUUCGGAACAUCGCAGCCUACCACGUAUUCUCGUUAUAGAUUCGCGACGCGCCAGGCCUUAGUGAACGCCGGAUUCUUAUCUACUUCUAAUCCGAUGACCCUCCAAGCAUAUACAAUGUUCAUAAUGAGCGUGAGAAAUAGUUAUCGAUGUGAUACCCUAUUUGUAUUGAUGGGAGUGGCCAUACGGCUCGCGCGUAAAAUGGGACUCCACCGGGAUGGUACAUCUCUCGGGCUAUCGCCGUUCGAGACAGAAAUGAGGAGGAGGCUCUGGUUUCAGCUUGUACACAUGGAUUUUCGCAUCGCCGACGUGAUGGGCGCGAGGCCGUCUCUAGAUCUUCUGUGCGGCGAUACCAAACCUCCCCUAAACGUCGAGGACGACGACCUCUACCCAGAUAUGGUUGAUCCCCCGCCCGAACGCGAAGGAAUCACAGCAAUCACUCUUUGCGUAAUGAGAUGCGAUCUCUUAGAAACCCUGCGCAAAUUUCCGGCGUCGUGCCCCGGCGGCGAUCUUCGUUGGGAGGUACUCUCUAACCCAAGCAUCCCGUUCACAAAAAAGGAGAACGUCAUAAAUGAGAUAGAAGACAAGUGGGAAAGAAGAUUUAUGCGCUACUGCGACCCGUCGAAUUCGCUGCACAGUUACGUGUCGAUCUCGAUCAGGUCCUCGAUAUGUAGGCUGAGGAUCUUCGCUCACAACCCGCGACAGUUCGCCAGCAGCCCCGCAAAAGCUUCCGAAAGAGAGCGCCGGAUGGUAUUUGCAAACGCGACCAAGCUAUUGGAAUAUGUCAUACUAGUACAGAAAGGCUCCCACGGGUUGGAUAAGUAUACGUGGCAGCUUGGCUCAAGCUUUCUCUGGAACACGAUGCUGUACGUGCUCAUCGAAAUGCGACAUCGCAAGACGGGUCCCGAGGUCGACAGAUCGUGGCAGCUGAUCGGCUCCUUGUUUUCCUACUACCCCAUCGUGUUCGAGAAAUUCACGGGGGCCGUGUCGGCCGCGUUGGGCAAGUGGACACUAACCGUCUGGGAUGGAUACGUCGCCGCUUCGAAAGCCGAAGGUCUCCCCGAACCAGUAACCCCACAAUACAUCGACGCCAUCCGCCGUUGCCGAAGGCCUAUAAUACGGUCUCCGUCAACCACAGGGGACCUAGUGACAGAUACCGGAUCCACCACACUGGCCCCGUUCAGCUCGGGCGAAGUCACCUCUCAGAUAUAUGAUGGGAAUUUCUCCGAGUUCGAAUCUUUGGAGUCGUACCAAUCUCCCGAUCUCCUCUCGUUCGAGAUGGAUCCAAACCAAUGGGAGCAAUGGGAGCAACUGCUUGCAGAGCAAAGCGGCUCUACUCGAAUAGAUUACAUUUGACACUCCACCAGCUAAUACACAUACUGAUUUUGCUGGAAUAUUAGAUGGCUGGGAGUCUACGCCCUGUACUCGAGGGGUAUAUAUGUACUAUCUGCCUACGAACCACUACCUGGAACCAGUAACUUAACCCACUAAUCAAUCAAUAUGAUACUCAUAACCUGCAUCUAUUUCAACAGAUUUAACAUGACUUUUGCCAAUGUCAAGAAAAACUAUAUUAUGAUUUCCACAUU